AUGUCUGCCAUGCUGUCCAACGACACGAGAUCACGGCUGGCGUCCAUCGGCAUUGUGAUCGCGUACACGGGGUACGCGAUGUGGGCGCUCGCCAACCUGGGCCGGUUUGGCGGCCUCGCGACGUUUGGCCCAGUCUGCCUGAUGGUCUUUUCAGUCAUCCUGUACGGCGAGGACGAGAUCGUGACAUUUCCCCCGGCCGGCCAGUUCACAAACGCCGGCGCUGGCAAGCCCCUGGCCUGGACCGGCUUCCUCGUCUCGGCAGCGUCCAUCGCGGCGGGGUGGUUCUUCCUCUGCGAGGUCGACCUGCUCGGCAUCGUCGUGUCGCACCACGUCGGCCUGGUCGCGACCAUCGUGCUGUACUUUGUCGAGACGGGGCUGUGGCCCAGCCUCGGGUGCCUCACGCGCACGUCGGCCAACCAGCGCAAGUCGAUGAUCGCCCGCGCUAUCCAGUUCGGCUGGCUCCCCAUCGCCAUCCACUACGCCCUCACGUACCCCAACACCUGGACGCUGUCCGCCAUCGGCAUCGGCGCAUGCGUCAUGUGCGCCAUUGGCGGCUUCUUCGCAGAGUACUAUGAGCGCCUUGAGGCCGAGCGCCUCGAGGCACUCCGGCUGUCCCUCCCGCUCGUGGACGACAAGGGCGCCGCGAGCAAGGAAGGGCCCGUGGAGAUUGUCGAGAAGGAAGUCUCGACGGCGUCAGCCCGGUACGCCAUCUGCAUUGGCACGUCCUUCGUCACCACUCUCCUCUCGGCCAUCUUCCAGUCGGAGCGCGUGCGCAACCAGCUGCACAUCCACUUGUAA